AUGGAGACAGAGGAGACAGAGAGGAACGAAACAGUGGCGAGGGCUCCAAAGGUUAUUCCACCGGAAGUUGUUCAGCAGAUGAACUACAAGAUGUGGGAAGCCGCUAUAGAGGGGAACGAGCCCUUGUUUGUCAAGGCUGUGGAGUCAGGGGCGAACGUGAAUGCUUUCUGCAGACUGAAGGAUAAGUGGAAGAAUAUCACAGUUGGCGAGAUCGCGGGGUUCGAUGAGUCGCAGACAGGCUUGAAUGUGCACUGGAUGGAGUUGAACAACUACACAGCCUUGCAUCUUGCGGCAGCUUGUGGAAAUGCUGCCAUCAUCGACAAGCUCAUAGAAUACGGCGCGGACAUCAAUGUGGAGUGUUUACAACGGAUCAAUCCCUUCCCCACUGCCUUCGGAUUCAAGAUUCCACUUCUGAGUGUGAACAAACCUCUCAUCUACAAGUGCACUCCGUUGCGCAUCGCUCGCGCGGCCAACUGUGGGAGAUGCUUCUACACUUCGUAUCAGAAGUGUGUCGACAAACUGGAAGCUGCGAAGGCCGUCGACAACGAUUUCCACUAUCCUGCAGUGAUCAUGGGCUCGGCCUUCUUGCUUGCGUACUUGGGGCUCAAGGGCUGGCCCUUCGAGUGGUUCGAGGAAUGGCCGUACAACUGGGCUGACUACCCGGACCUUGCCAAGUACCUCCCAAGAUGA